AUGAAUUUUAUUUCAUUGUGAAAACUCCAACAAAGUCAGCAAUUUUGUAAUUGAAAUAAGAGUAUACAAUACAUGAAGAUGUCCAACGUCAAAGAAGUUUGCAAAGCAGGAAGAGAAGAGAGCAUCCUUAAAGUGGCGAAGACAAAUAUGAUUACAUCCCAGGAAUGCAUGAAGCUGAAGAGGGAUCUGGAGUCCGCGGAUAGCGGGGAUGCUUUUGAAGUUAGUCCCAUGAUCCUCUGCCUGAUGCUUACCUUUCUGCUUUUUGUGAUCGGUUUCUGGAUUUGGCUGGUCUCAAGAAGCUGCCUUUUCACCCAACCCGCGGAGGCUGAGAAAAAAGGCGCGACAACACAACGACUUUCAGGGGGCUCAACACCGAGGUCCAAGUCCCCAAAAAUUCGUUUUUUGGACGGACCUACUCACAACAAAGCUUCUUCUGCUAGCAGACUCCAAAAAGGCAGCUCGGACAUCAGACCAAUGGGCAUUUGUAGGGAUAUUUCUUAUGGAGGUGGCAAUCAAGGCAUUUUAAAGGCCAACUACUGUACUUUAAUACAGUUGCCAGAAACAUCGCCAAUCCCAGUACAUACAGCCGCAGAAACUGAGUCGGGGGCUGUUACGGAAACAAUAUCAUCAAUGCAAAGAGCCAACGAAUCUUCUCCAACUUACGGUGGCCCAAGAAUCUUGGGCUCUAGAGAUGACACGGGAUUGGAUGUGCCCUCCAGUCAAGCGGUAGCUGGGUCACCAUUAAACUACGACAGUAUGCCGCCGAAUUUUGGGAGGGAAAGCUCUUCGCCCAAGAGAAAGUACACUAUAAAGUGGGCCAAUUUAAUGAGGCGCGGUCGAAAGAAUCUCUCAGAAACUUAAGGUAUUGAGGUCUUGUAUUGAUACACUUCAAACUGAUCAUUUUUACUAGCUUCAAUUAAAACAAAAUACUAAUAUUAAA